CCUCCUGCCUCAGCCUCCCGAGUAGCUGGGACUACAGCUCCUCUGCAAGUGACCUCUCCAGUUACGGCCACGCUCGUCUGAGGCGCAGCCCCGACCACGGCAGCUCCCAAGGGAGCAUGGAGAGCCUGGAGCCCAGCGGGCACUACCCACCCUGCCACCUCCUCUGCCCCGCCAAGCCCACCAGCAGCAUCGACCAGCCCGGCCGCUGCCACAGCAAGAGAGACUCCGCUUACGGCUCGCUCUCCACCAGCUCGAGCGUCCUCGAGCGGCCUCCCCCCGGCGUCUCUGGCCGGGAGCACGCGGGCUCUGCGGAUGCUGCUGCUGCUCGAGGCGGCCUGCUAGAAGGGCCGAGGCAGGCGGACAUCCGCUACAUCAAGACGGUCUACGACCCCAGGCAGGGAGUGUCGGCCGAGUACGAGGUGGACUCCACGGCCCUGCUGCUUCCUGGCAGGGAGGCCCGGGCACCAGCAGGCGGGCAGGGCUGUGAUAAAUGGUAUAAUGUCCCUCGGGUCAAGGGAGCGCCGCCGCCACCCUGGAGCCACCCUGGAGGUCCCUUGCCUCCUGAAGCGGGUGCACCCCUGCCUCCAGCUCGGAGUGACAGCUACGCAGCCUUCCGGCACCGCGAGCGGCCCAGCUCCUGGUCCAGCCUCGAUAAGAAACGCUUCUGCUGGCCUCAGGCAAACUCUUUGGGUGCCCCGAAGCCUCCGCUGCUGGAGCAGCAGCUGCACAGGGUGCCCGAGGGCAGUCCCGAGAGCAGCCCCCCGGCGGCCCAGCCCGGCCGGCCUCUGCUGCCCACUGGCGUCUACCCGGUACCUUCCCUGGAGCCACACUUUGCCCAGGUGCCCCGGCCCUCCGCGGGCACUAACGGAACGGUCUAUCCCGCGCUGGCCAGGGAGAGUGGUUACGCGGCCCCUCAGGGAGCCCACGGCGGGGCGCCUGCCUUGGGUGAGGAUGGGAACCAGAACGCAUCUAGCAGGCCCGGGUCUGCCCUCCACCAGCCCCUGGCUCGCAACUCACCGCGCGCCCCAGUGGAGAGCACACCGGGAACUGUAGCCAGGUGCGUGUCCUCCAAAGUCCAUUUUCCUUCAGGGCCUGAAAACGAGGAGGCUACCCCCCUGAAGAGGCAUCUCCCGCCGCCUCAAGGCAGCAGCCCGCGCCCCGUCAGUGAGAGGAAGAGCACCCACCGCAGCGAGCCGGGCUCUGGCCACCACGGCCCCACGGCCCCUCAGGCUCAGGCCUGGCACGCCGGCGAGGACAAGAGACUUUCCAGGCCCUCCGAGCCCCGUGAGGGCGACGUCCGGGGAGACCACAAUGCCAGCCUCCCGCGGAGGCAGGAGAGAGGCCUGGGCCAGAGCCUGGCAAGCCACUGCGGCAAGGCCAAGUCAGCCUUCUCAUCUCUCCAGAACAUUCCUGAGAGCCUGAGGUGGCAGAGCAGCCUGGAGCUCGGAGGUGGAGCCCAGGAGGGGUCCCCUGGGGGCAGUCCCAGCUGUGCCAGGGACCCUGGGAGGAAAGCGGCUCCUGCCCACGGCGGCCGUGGGGACCAGCAGGCUUGCUGCCCGGCCCCGCAGCGCAGGGCCAGCGCCUCUUCCCACAGUUCAGACCCAAGGUGCGAAGAGCUGGCCGCCCCACAGACGGCCGGUCUGGGCUGGCGGGGCCUCGGCUCGGGCAGUGCCUCGGCUCUGCAGGGCUUCCAGAACAGGAAGGCCCCCUGCUCCGUGCUGGAGAAGGUGUCUGAGAUCGAGCAGCGAGAGCAGGGGAGCCAGAGCGCCCCAGGUGCGGGCAGCUGCACUUACAGCCAGAGCCACAGGCCCAGCAGGACCGCCCCAACGCCCAAGAUCUCCGGAAAUGACUUGGAGGAGACAAAAGCCAACAUCCGUCUCUCUGAGUCAGCCGAAGCCCUAGACGGUGGGCAGCAGCACUUCAAACACUGGGAGCCGACGGCGCAGGAGGGUUCCUGGCCGCUGUGCGGCCGGCAGUGCAGGGGGGCUGCGGGCGGCGCGCGGGGGGACGGCGAGCCCCGCAGGCCGGACACCCGCCUCCUCCGCAGCCAGAGCACCUUCCAGCUCUUCGGGGAGGAGGCCGAGUGGCCGCACGACAGGCCUGGCACCCCUGAGUCGCCCCUGCAGGACGCGCCCCUCAGCCGCGCCUACCGCAACAGCAUCAAGGGUGCGCAGUCCCGCGUCUUGGGGGCCACCUCCUUCCGACGCCGAGACCUAGAGCUGGGCGCGCCCGCAGCGUCGAGGCCGUGGCAGCCUCGGCCCUCCUCGGCCCACGCGGGGCUGCGCAGCCCGGAGGCACCGGCGGCCUUGUCCUCCCCGCACACGCCGCGGGAGCGGCGCAGCGUGACCCCGGCUGCCGCGGGGCCCGCGCCUUGCGCCUCCCGCAGAGGGGCGCGCCGGCGCCUGACCCCUGAGCAGAAGAAGCGCUCCUACUCGGAGCCCGAGAGGAUGAACGAGGUGGGGGUCUCGGAAGAGGCCGAGCCGGACGCGCAGAGGACCGGGCCGCGCUCCGCGGACAGCCGCGCCGUGGAGCAAAGGGCGCGCGCGGCGCUCGGCCUGUCGGGGCCCGAGCUCAGGCAGUUCCAGCAGAGCGCGCUGGCUGCCUACGUGCACCGCAAGACCGGCCAGCGGCCCGCCUCCGCAGGGGGCUGCGCCUUCCUCCAGCCCGGCCUCCCCUCGGCCUCCAGCCUGAGCUCGCUGCGGGAGCCCAGCCUGCAGCCCCGCAGGGAUGCUGCGGUCCCCGAACCCGGGCGGGCUCCCCGGGAUCGCAGCAGCUCUUUUGCGGGGGACCGCCUUGAGGAACGAUGGUGCUGGGACCCCCAAACCCCGAGGGAGCUGCUCAGUGGAGCUAAUGUGCCAAGAGGCACCCAGAGGGUAGAAGGGACCCCUGGGGAGCCGUCCUCCUGGGGGGCUGCGGCCAGGAGGGCCGGGAAGUCCAUGUCAGCUGAGGACCUGUUGGAGCGCUCCGAUGUUCUGGCGGUGCCUGUCCACGUGCGGUCCAGGUCGUCUCCCACCGCGGACAAGAAGCGCCAGGACGCGCUGUUCGGGGAAGGCAGCAGCUUUGGGCUCACGAAGGACCCGUGUUAUGUGGCCGGCCCUGUGUCUAGGUCGCCGGGCUGCUCAGAGAGAGGCAGCGAAGAGCUGCUCCCACUCCACCCUGGACCACGCUGGACCGGCUCCUCCGUCCCCAGCGAAUGUCCUGGAGCCCUGGACCACCGGAGGCGGGCCAGCAGGACACCCUGCUGCUGGCCGGCGCGGCCAGGGGUGCCAGCGCAGCUCAGGGACACCAGGGUGCUGCCCGCACUCGGCUGCCCACUGCCCCCGCCUGCUCGGGCCAGCUGCGGCCCGGAGGAGGCUGCGAGCGAUGAGGCAGGGAGCGACCAGGUGCCUGCAGGGCCCCCUGGGAGCAGCGGCUCCCGGCCCCAGCCCCCUGGGCCCAGAGGCUGUCAGGCCAGCAGCCCCGAGCUCGAGCUCAUGGCUGCAGAGGGAGGAGGGAGCAGGAGGCUCUGGUGGCCUCCGCCUGCCCUGCAGGGGAAGGGGGUGCCCACGGGCGGAGAGGCCGGCCCUCCCGGGGACUCCUCGCCCCCCGAGGUUGAAGACCAGAGCCACUGUGGACAGCAGCAGCGAUUUCCAAAUCCGCACGGGGCUUGCGAUCCCGCCGCGCCUCCCGCGGCCCCAGGGGUGCUCCCCUUGCGGGGCUCCCCGUCCCCGCCACGGGAGGACCAGGAGGACCAGGAGGACGACGUGUUCCUGAGGGACUCGCACCCCGUGGCCACCUGCAGCCCCACGCUGGGAGCCCCUCUGCUGCCUCCACUGAGCCAGGAGGCCAGGGUGGGCGGCCGCCCCGCGCCCCCCGCUGCAGCCCCGCUGGGCCUGGGGGGCCAGGAGGCGCCAGGCGCCAGCAAAUUUCCCAAGGUGACGAUGGCAAGGGAGAGGCACGUGCCUGGUGCGGCGUGUUUGGAAGGGAGCCAGAUACUGGCUUCCACGCCCCAGACUUCCAUCGAGGGUGUGCAGGCCAGUGAGCCCAGCCCCCCAUCCGUCACGGGGGUUCAGCCUCGGCUGGCUGGGUCCCUCAGCCAGACUGAGAGCCUCAGCGGUGGUCCAGCGGGUGGGACUCGGGGCUUAGAAAAGAAAGUCAGUUCUGAUCCUCCAAAGAGCUCCGAAGACAUCAGAACAGAGGCUCUGGCCAAGGAAAUCGCCCACCAAGACAGAUCCCUGGCAGGCAUUUUGGACCCAGACUCCAGAAUGAAGACGACUUUGGACCUGAUGGAAGGGCUGUUUCCCCGAGACAGUGAAUUGCUGACAGAAGACAGCGUGAAGAGGAAGGCCCUGCCGAGAGCGGUCAGCUGCCCGGGCUGUGAAUGCAACAGGAGCGGAGACCUGGAGGCGGCGUGUGUGCUGGUCUACUGCCCUGCCUACUGCGGCGUGGCUGCUCCCAAGGCUGAGCUUCUGGACAAGGUCGAGCAGAUGCCCGUAGGAGGGAAUGAGGAAGAGGAACAGGCAGAUGUCAAUGAAAAGAAGGCCGAGCUCGUCGGGAGCCUCGUGCGCAGGCUCCAGGGCCUCCAGGAGGCGAGGGCCAGGCUGCUCAGCGACACCCAGCGCAACAACGCCCUGGGGGAGCAGGUGGAGGCUCUGGUCAGCGAGCGCUGCAAGCCCAACGAGCUCGACAAGUACAGGAUGUUCGUGGGGGACCUGGGCAAGGUGGUGAACCUGCUGCUCUCCCUCUCGGGGCGCCUGGCCCGCGUGGAGAACGUCCUCAGCAGCCUGGGCGAGGAUGCCAGCAGGGAGGAAAGGCGCUCGCUGGACGAGAAGAGGAGGGCCCUGGCGGGGCAGCACGCGGACGCCCGGGAGCUCAAGGAGAACCUGGACCGCAGGGGCGGCGCGGUGCUGGGCGUCCUGGCCGGCCGCCUGUCGCGCGCCCAGCUGCAGGACUACCAGCGCUUCGUGAGGAUGAAGCCCGCGCUGCUCAUCGCGCGCCGCGAGCUGGACGACGAGAUCGCGCUGGGCCGCGAGCAGGUCCGCUGUCUGCUGCAGAGCCUGCCGCCCGGCUUCGUGCCCGCCGCGGGGGCCCUGGCGCUGCCCCCCGACCUCGCGCGCGAGGCCCCUCCGGCCGGGGCUGCGCCCUGA